CUGGGAGAACGAUAUCAUAAUACUACUAGCGACUAUCUGAAUCAGUAGAAAUCUAAUCUUUCGCAAUUAUGGCAGAGGCAAAGAUCGUCGAUGUCCCCAAGACGUACAAAGCUGCCGUUUAUGACAAACCAGGAAGUAUCAGUACGCAAAUUGUUGAACUUCCAAUCCUCGAGCCUGGCCAUGGCGAGGUUCUUGUGCGUCUAACGCACUCGGGAGUAUGUGGCAGUGAUCUGAGCAUCAUGACGAAUGCAUGGACUACGUUACCAUUUCCUACCGCAGCUGGUCAAAUUGGGGGUCACGAAGGUGUUGGUAUAGUAGAGAAACUUGGUGUUGGUGCAGAUGCCAGAAGCGUGAAGGUCGGUGAUCGUGUUGGCAUCAAGUGGGCUACAGCAGUGUGUGGAACCUGUGACCGAUGCCGAAGAGGCUUUGAUGGUCACUGCACACUACGCAAGAUCUCUGGCUACUACACGCCCGGCACUUUUGCUGAGUACGUCCUUAGCCCAGCUAACUACGUGACUCCCAUUCCAGAGAAACUUGCCAGCGCAGACGCAGCACCAAUGCUUUGCGCCGGGUUGACAACCUAUUCGGCUCUGCGGAAAUGCAAUGCCAGAAGCGGUGAAUGGGUCGUGAUUUCUGGCGCCGGUGGGGUGUUGGGCCAUCUCGCCGUUCAGAUCGCAGCACACGCCAUGGCAUAUCGAGUGAUUGGAAUCGACCAUGGGUCAAAGGAAGCAUUCGUCAGAGAGUGCGGCGCUGAAGUGUUUCUUGACAUGACAAAUUUCAGCGACGAGGAUAUCGCCAAGGAAGUCAAACGAGUGACAGGCGGUCUCGGCGCCUCAGCCGUGAUUUUGUGCGCAGGUAGUAACAAAGCGUACAGCCAGGCUCUCCCGAUGCUGUCUUUUGGCGGGGUUAUGGUUUGUGUUGGUAUGCCGGAAGGGCAACCCCUGCCGAUAUCGAAUGCGUGCCCAGGAAUAAUUGCAGCGGCGAAUGCACACAUUAUCGGGUCAACGAUUGGAUCUCAGAGGGAGGCCAUCGAGAUCCUAGACUUUGCGGCGAGAGGGAUUGUGAAGACGCGGGUUCGAGUGGAAAAGAUUGACAAGCUAGAGGAGGUGUUUAGGCAGAUGCAUGAUAGGACUUUGGAGGGAAGAAUUCAUUGA